UUUUCUUAAUCCGUACUAUGCCGCCAGUUAGUAUGCGAUUCUUCUCUCGCCGCUAACUGGACAUCGCAAGCGCAACCCUAAAAUGUACGAACAUCGUUUUUCGUAAUACGCGGGUCAAAGAGAGCUGAGAAGCCGAGUCACUGACUCACUCGAGCUGAGCCCAGCAACCUUGGGCAUCAAGGCAAGGCCAAGCGGCGUGCUAGAAAAGAGGGAGAAAGAAACCGCUUCGUUUCGUUGCAGCCUCGCGGGAAUGAGCCGGUUGAGGUGGAUUCCAUUCUCCCCGAAAUCAGUCGUGCGGAGAAUUCUGCAGACGAUUGAUGUGCAGUCAUCCGAUGGGUUUUCACGGGAAAACGUUUCUCAGUUUCAAUUGGGCUUGUUUCACUCUUCAACUUCCGCGCAUUGGGGUCGAAAUGUAAGAAAACAAGCUGAAUGUGAAACCUCGGGACUUGUAUGGUCGAAGCGCUAUAUCCACGCCACAGGAAUUCACCAAUCCAUUGAUCGCGAUUAUUACGAGAUUCUUGGGGUUUCCGUGGAUGCCACUCCAGAUGAGAUUAAGAAGGCAUUCCAUGCUCUUGCCAAGAAGUACCAUCCUGAUGCUAAUAGGAACAACCCGUCAGCCAAGAGAAAAUUCCAGGAGAUCAGAGAUGCAUAUGAGACUUUGCAAGAUCCUGGAAAGAGAGCCCAGUAUAACAGGCUGAGAAAGGGUACGGGAAGGACAGAGAAUGCUGGAUUUUCUGACACUGCAUGGGAUCAAUUCAGAGAUGCUAACUUUAGAGACGCACGUGGAACUCAGUUCUCUAAUUCAUUUCACAAAAUUUUUUAUGAGAUUUUUGAAAAUGAAGCUGAAAAUCUGGAUGGUGAUAUUCAGGUGGAACUUUUGCUUGAGUUUUCAGAAGCUGCUACUGGAUGCACAAAACAUUUGUCCUUCAAUGCAGAUGUGCCAUGCGAAGCUUGCCGCGGCCGAGGUCACCCAUUGGAUGCUGGGACUAGAAUCUGUCCUACUUGCAGAGGCAUAGGAACGGUAACAAUUCCACCAUUUACCACAACAUGCAGUACUUGUAAGGGAUCUGGACAAAUCAUUAAGGAUUACUGCACAGUAUGCAAGGGAUCAGGGGUGUGUGAAGGAAUCAAGAAUGUCAAAGUAACCAUACCGGCAGGUGUGGAUUCUGGCGAUACCAUUCGUGUACCAAAAGCUGGCAAUUCCAGUGGAUUGGGAAAGUCUCCUGGUGACCUUUUUAUAAAUUUAAAGGUUGCAACCGAUCGUGUAUUCAACAGAGAAGGUGCUGACCUCUAUGUGGAUGCUAAUAUUAGCUUUACAGAAGCAAUUCUUGGUGGUAGUGUUGAGGUGCCUACACUUUCUGGGAACACGCAAAUGCGGAUACCUAAGGGGGUUCAACAUGGGCAACUAGUUGUUCUAAGAAACAAAGGGUUACCAAGACAAGGAUUUUUUGUGGACCAUGGAGAUUUGUAUGUGCGUUUCUGCAUAAGAUUUCCGUCUACCGUGUCACAAAGACAACGCACUAUACUUGAGGAAUUUGAAAAGGAAAUAAUUGAUGAUGAGAACAGAUCAGCUGAAGGCAGUCGGCUUUACCAGCGGCUAUCUACUGGUUGAACUUACAGGUGGCAGCAUUGGAUCGAGCACUUGACUGGAUCUAAGUUCAUCCGAGAUUUGUCAAUACUGUUACUGAUAUUCCUAAUCCUCGGAAAAGCCCUGAAUUAAGGCCACCACAUGAUUUGGAUCAGCGGUGCAGGGGCAUCAAUCAUUCGAUGCAUGGUUCUUGGUAUUCACUUCCAUGCAUGCCACUUUAGUUUUUAAUAUUGCCUGCAUAAAAAUAAUGAGUUGGAGAGAAAGUUUCGGGCAUUAUUUCAUCGGUGAUGAAUACGCAGUACAAUUUUGGCUGAGUUGGUAGGAAUCAACACAGUGCCUUGUAAAUGUUGCACACAUAUAUACACACACAGCUGCUUCUGCUUUCUAUUCUCUCUAUCCACUUGAGAAGAUAAGACUUGAGAGAGAAAAAAAAAAAAUGUUCCCGGGAUGGGAUGCUAUGGUUGUGGCUUUUUAGAAUUUGGUUUCAAUUUGUUCUAUUAUCUUGGU